GGCCACAGCGGGUCCGGAAGGGUCCUGGGUCCCCUGGCGGAUGCGCCCCUCCCGGCAGGGGUCUUUCUUGGUUCCUAAGGGCUGCUGAUCCUGGGAGUUUCCCCUGGCUCUGCGUCGCUGCGCUCAGGCCCCCUCCCUGUUUAUCAUCUGUGGGACUGUUACCCUGGACAAGGCACAGCAGGUGUCGGUCGUGUGAGGUUGGGCUCCGGAUCUUCCUCAACUAGACUCCCAGCUCUGCUGCUUCCUGGCUGUGUUAGCCGCCCUGGCUUGGCUCAGUGUCCUCAUCUGUAAACUGGGACAGAGCCCCUGGACUGCCAGCUCCCUUGCCAGGGAGGAGGAGUAGAAGUCCAUCCACUGGGGCCUGAGCGAGGCCUGGGGGACAGGCUGUUGGUCCCAGGAUGCCUCUGCCUGAGCCCAGCGAGCAGGAGAGUGAGAGUGUGAAGGCCAGUCAGGAGCUGUCCCCUGAGUCUCCUGGGGCUGGCACUGAUGUUAUUCCUACAGCCCCCAAGAAGCCCAGGAAGUUCUCCAAACUGGUCCUGCUGACAGCCUCCAAAGACAGUGCCAAAGUGGCCACAGCCAAGCGCAAAGGAGUGCACUGCAUCAUGUCUCUGGGGGUGCCUGGCCCCACCACCCUUGCCAAGGCCCUCCUUAAGAUCCAUCCUGAGGCCCAGCGUGCCAUUGAGGCAGCCCCCCAGGAGCCUGAACAGAAAUGCAGGAAGCUGGAUGCUGAAGGAAAAGAAGACAGAAGGUUGGCAGGGAGGCCUGCCCCCAGUCCUGCAGUGGGCGGGGAGGAGUCCUCUGUGGGGCCCAGCAAGGCCUCAUAACCCUGACAACUGCAGGCGAAGCAUCCUUGACGAGUGAUGAAUUUGGCUGUGACUUCUGGCUGGGGCCCUGUCCCUGGCUGAUUUUCACUCUUAAACAUCAUGUAAUGUUUUUCAGCUCAAGCGCAAUUUACUUUUGUAAGCAGGGAAAAAAAUAUGAAAACAGAAUAAAAUAAGCUACAUGCUAGA